UGGUAAGAUGGUUGCCAGGUUGACAUGUCACUGACAGUUGGCUAGUCAUUGUGAAUAAGAUGACCGGCUUUGUACUUCGAUAUAAGGAAGACAUCACCUGUUCGAAUCCCGACACACUGGUUUUGCUCAACCUAUAUAGGUGGUCGUGAUGGGACUGCUUGACGUAGUCAGCCACGAUCACGCGGGCCACGUCAUGACUAUCGCAUGGGGGACCGUGCGUCCUGGGCAAACUUGUAGUCUCGUAGUCUCGGCGUGGCAGUUCCACCACCACCACCACCACCACCACCACCACCGUGGAAUCCCAUCGUGGUAGCCAGUAGGCCACGAGAGCUGCUAGGACAUUUACCAGCCGCGUGUGCUCCAUGGGAGAACAAAGACCCUGAAAAAUGACCUGAAGAACCUGGCCUUACAACUCUUUACUGCCACGCAGAUGUUCUUACGCCAAUGUUCUGGCCAAUCUUCCUUAAUGUCUCACGGCCAUCUUUUGCUUGGACGACGAAGAAGAAGAACGAACGAACGCAACCGCCAUCUUGCCAUAACCGCCACUUCUGACGAAGAACCAUCUCACUCUUUAACCACUGAGCCGAACGCAAGGUGAGUCAACAAUGGCCAAGUCAAAGCUGGUCCAAGGUAGGGUGGAAACAGUGAAGUCCGAAGCGGCGAAGAAACCAGAGCAGGCAGGAAAAGUCUGGACUGCAAGAAGGCUCAGCUGGCGAGCUGUACUUGUGGCUAUCCCGACAGUCAUGGUUGGCGUCAUGAUCAGCAUCUUUCUUACGCCCAACAGAACCCGACCGGUCGUCGGAUACUCGCGCAGUAGGGCACUUUACACGGAUAACUACAGCGCAUGCAAAUUCAAGUACGCCACCGAAAGACCCAUCAUCUGCGUCUACGAAAAAGAUCGCAUUAGUCCGCGCUACACACCCGAAGACAUCCCGGCCCACUUAUGCAGACACAUCGUAUUCUGCUGCGUCCAGCCAGUGGACCGCGUGUGGAAACCCACUGACGUCGAGAGCGUCCAGUCGUUCAGCUACAGACUUGUCCGCCACAUGCCGAGCUCUAUCCGGUACCUGGGCAUCGGCGGCCGCGACGCGAACUACACCGCAUUGAACCAGGACACCGCUACGACGCAAGACCGUGAAACCUUCAUCGAAAACGUGAUAGAUUUCGGUACCAGCAUGAAAUUCACAGGUGGCAUAGCGUACGUCCUCUUGGAGCCCAGUCGAAUGGGCCAGGGACGUGCCCUGCAGAAGCUAGUGCAGCGCACGCUGAGGCGACAACGCAAUCGCAACGUGAUCGUCUUGUUACCCAGACGCGCCGCAACGGUGUUCAGGGAAUUUUCUGCUCCAUUAUUCUCCGAGAAGCACCUCAUAAUGGUACAGCUUACCCAUGCGCUUUCCUCUUCGAUGACGCGCUUCGCAACGUGUUCCUCGCCUUAUAAGAAGCCGUCGUCCCACGUACCCCAUUCUAUGGAAACCACCUAUAGAUAUUUAAAAGGGCGAUAUGGAAAGGACUGGGACGUGGUAGAAAGGGGCCUGGUCGUCACCUUCUCGCUGGCCUGGUUGAGGUGUCGGUUGGUGGACUCGACCGACGGAAGUCCCGGGGCGUCGGCCGUGUGCGACGGGUCAGUGAGGUACCGUGAUGUGUGCAAGAGCAACGGUACAGUUUACGAUCCCAGGUCCGACUGCGAAUACACGAGGCAAGGAACCUUCGGUUGGAUGUCUGGUCUCGGAAUGACAAGCGGUGCCUUCUUCAAAGCGCAUCCUAAAGUGCGUGGCUUCGCUGUCUUUGAUCUGGACCAUGAUGACUAUGAAGGAGAGUGCGUUUACCAUAAGCAUCCUCUCUUACAGACACUGUAUGACUCGUUUCACGAUGUGCUGCUGUAGUUACCCUCGUAAAAUUGUGGAGCUGCGUUAGGUGCAAAACUUAUCAAUAUAAUGAAAUAUAGCUUAAUAUAUAGGCA